UCAAAGAUUUCAGUACGCAUACUAAAUCUGCUUGAUUUUUGAGUGUGCUGUUGAGGGGCACUAUUGUCCCACAAUGCAAUGCACAAGGAAAUGGAGGAACUGCUUGCAGAUGCAAAAAAUUAAAACUAAUUGCGAACAGUGGUGAUACAGCUCCAGGAAGACAUCAGAAAACAAAAAGGUAAGAGCUGCAACCUACAAUUAUUUUCAGUAUUGAUAUGCCAAAGAUAUGCCAUUUACAAUGAAAAAAAAAAAAGUCCAUCUAUGCACAUUUUGUAUUAUUUUAAUAUUGGUACAAAAGUUCAUUGUUAAUUGUGAAUGCAAAAAUAUUGACAUAAGUGAGUAAUUAGUGUGUAGUAUGGAAUUGGGACACAGCUAUUGUUUAAUGUAAGUGACCAUUGCCAUCUGGUGGUGUUGCGACAUCACUACACGUUUCCUAUCCACAUCAAUUUAGCAGUUUAAGAUGGUGAAACUUUUAGACUUGGUUUAAUGCUCUGAUAAUCAGGCUGGUUAUUUCAGUUUAACAUACAUAAAAACCACGCUCUUCCUUGGAGGCCACUACCUGUAAAUGCCAGUUCCCACAUAAUUCACCAGUGUCUGUUCCAAACCAAAGAAUACGUUUUGGUGGAAAGUUCCCACUGCUAUGGAAAAAAAUCCAACUUUACUGGUCAGUCUGAUUAGCUGCUUCUCUGAGUCACUAUACCCACAUCAGUCUGCCAGGAUGUUUGUCUUAUCUGUAGAGCUGCCUUAGAUACAGCAAAGACUUAUUAACAUAUUGUAUAACCUUUUAGGUAAUAAAAUGAGAGAAUAUCCAUUUUGAAGAGUUUGACAUGGAAUCUGACACCAAACAAAUGUUUUUUUGUGUGUGUCAGCUAAGGCUGAUUAAAUGUAAUGGUAGCCUCUCAAUUUGAGUAGGAGUACUAUUGAUUUCAAACCAUAUCUACAGAAUAGUUUACCCUUAAAUUGUAGCCUAUAAGCCCUGCACUCCAUAAACUCUUUAUCCAAAAAGGUUACUUCUAACUCCCAGAUGUAAAGUGAGAGCAUGGCGUUGUGUACUGUGAUGGACAGACAAGAUGAAACAGCCUAACAGGUGCAGCAAAUCUAAAACCAGGUAGCAAAAGGCUUAUUCUGAUAAUCCCAUUUGAAAGAAUCCAGGCAGAUUGCUACAAUUACGGCAAUCCACUCUCAGAUGUCUGACCUCGCCAAAAACAGAUGGCUUGUUUUUUCACAAAGAGAACAGAGGUUACUGGAAUUGUCCGCCAAGUUCCUGCUAAAACAAGAGCAAGGUUUACUUUACAGUGAAUGCUAUGUGGUGAAGUAAUACCUGCACUGUGGAGAUUCAUCCAAACCCCAUCAACAGGAGUAUAAAUAAUGAUUGAGUUAGAUGUUGUCCUACAUGUUUACAAAAGGUCAACAGUCCAGAAUUUUAAAUAAGAUUUUGGUAAGACUGAAAGUCUAAACAACAAAACUGGUUUCUGGCACUUAAUAAAUUGCACAAAAUGCUCCCAUACACACACGCAGGGGUAGACAAAAUAACAGGAACACCUUCCUGUAUUCCAAUUUAACAACACCACAAAAUGUAGCUCCAAAAAUGCCACUGGGAUGAGCCAAAUGCAGGUACUGAACAUAAACUUUACAACAAGAUUGAGAUGAAAAGUUUAUUUGUGACCUUGGAAACAGCAAGUGUUUUUUGUCAACAUGUACAAGAAGUUUUUAAAGUGGUCAGAAAAAAAAUGGAAGUUUGAACAUGUACAUUGUCAUGUCUGCUGAGGAAGACUGCGUGAUGUGAUCAUCUUCACAUAGAUUAUAUUUCUUGCAGUGAUGUUUGAGAGAUAUCUGAUUACAUUAUAGCCUACAUACUGUAUAUUGUAAGGUGUUUCUGUUAUUAUGUCCCAUCCCUGUAUAUUCUUAUGAUAUUCCCACACUUAUUAAUAUGACUGACUUGUAUGAGUAUACUAGCGUUGUUGUGUUAUUUGUUAGAGUAUUCUUUAAAAUUGUAUUCAUUAUUACAAUUUCUAAAGUAGUGUGAAAGGUAGCCCCCUAUAGUGCUCAUUAGCGUCUCUGUAGCUGCCGUGGUGCAGCCUGGACACCUUACGCACGGCUGGGUCUCCACCUCCCGCAGGUGCGUCGCUGUGACACUGGCACCAGUAAAACCACACCACUGGCUCCACUUCAUGCUCGUCAGCUCCAAGUAAUCAGCUUCCCAGAUAUGUCGAUGCUUUGUCGAGAUUAUACUUUGACAUGGUCUGAUUUACAUUACGCGCAAUGAAUGUCACAUGGGGUUUGCUGACGGUUUUGAGUCUGGUGUGCCACACCGAGUCGAGGUGCUCACCGACCUCUUACUACAAGAACUGCUGGAUUCGACGCUUUCCUGGGAUUUUCAUCGACAUCGAGGAGUCUCAGAGGAGAGGAGCGCAGCUUUUGAAGUAUUACCAGGAGGAGAGCGCGCUGAAAUGCAGCCGCACCUGUUGCCUUACGAGAAAUUUUUCCUGUAAUCUGGCGAUAUUUCACUAUGACACCACUCAAGAAAACGUGAACUGCUUCCACCUGCACUGUCCCACACUGGAGAGCUGUAUUCUCAGCCACAGAGGCAACGUUGUUCUGUACAAUGUCACAAAGGGCGUGGAUCCGGACCUGUUGGUGUUUGGAAAAUACUUCACCUCCAAUGUACGAGUGUUACCCCACCACUACAGUCGAAGCAACGCCUCAGAGCCGCUGCCCUCGGACAAACGGCAGUUCAUUCAUCCACCUCCGCCCGCUGCACUGCCUCUGACUUCAGCACCCACAGUUAAACCCCCCACAACGGCAAGCAGAGUGCUCACCACCACCACCACCACCACCACAACGCUGCAGAGCACCAGCCAGCCUUCAACAGUUCCCACAGCUACAGCUGCCUUAUCUUCCACUCCAAUGACUCCACUAGUUUCAGGGAACCAUGCACAGACAACUCAGACCACCUCCGACACUUCACUUGCACCCAGCUUUACUUCGCCCCCUUCAUCCACCACAGCAACCACCCUCAGCCCUUACAAUCCCAGGACCACUGCUGCCUUUUCUACCACAAGUGCACAACCCUCCACAUCAGCUACUCAUCAUCACACCACCACCUCCUCUCAGUUGGCCACCAGCCCUUCAACUUCCACAGCCCUUAUGGGCAAUAUAGAGAGCAGCAAGCAGUACCCCAAUGACACAAAUGGCGGCCUGGGGAGGAACCACACUGCAGGCAGUGAGGGAGACCAGGGUGUCAGUGGAGAGGACACCAUAGAGGGUUUGGGACCUGGGUGGCACGUAGCCGCUCACACCUUGCUGGUUGCAGUGGCCAUCUGUAUUACAGUGCUGCUGAGCUGCUGUUGCUCCAUUCUGCUGGUCGUGAGCUGGAGGGGUCAGAGGAAGAGGAUGGGACACUACCGAACAUCGUGGAGAGGGAAAAGAGGCUCCAUGCGUCUGAUAAAGUACGUGCUGGUCAGAGAAAACACCUGAAAGUGGGGGUAAAAGUGUGCUGGAACUGACAUUUCUCUUUUGUUUACAGCAGUGUUGUUAAAGAAGGAAUCCAGGAUGAAGAGACAUUUGACAUAAAUUAGAAUUUGUACUGUAUUUUUGUAAAACAAUAGUUUCUGU